UAUCGUUCUUCGUCAACAUGGGAGAAGUGCGCCCCGCAGCUCUCAUCGGAGAUCAUCUCUCGCCUACCCCAACCACAUAAAACGUGUGCAGCCCCAGGCGGUGGCAAUCAGUUCACUCCAGAUACCGCACUCGCCCCCACGCCACAUCGCGACCUGCAAUUAAGUUAAUUUACCUACGUGACAGUCGAUCCGCAGUCCGCGUUUUAAAUUCUCCAGUGCAGCUCCAAGACCGCUACGCUCGGCAUAAUUAGCAGAUUGUGAAUGAAUGUUUAUUUUGUUUUUUUUUUUUGUUGGAGACUUCACUGGAAGUUCUCUUUAUCGAUCGAGUUGGCAGGCAGCAGCACAAGAGCUCUUCAAAUGGUAAACAACUUGAUAUUUCCACGAGGGAAUGGGAAUGCGAAUGCGAUUGGAGUUUCUGUUUAGUUUCCAUUGAAAUUCAGUUGGGUUCGAUCCAACUGAAACCAAAUUCAACCGAAUUAACUAUCUAUUUAAUGCUAAAGGAAAGUGAGAGAAGAUAAACCCGAAGGCUUCACAGCUUAAAAGUGUUACUAAAAAAUCCCAAUGGGAAUCUCAGCUAUAAAUCUAUAAAGUCUGACUCCCGUUUCCGUGUUAAGUUUCCAAAGACACGAAACUUUAGUUCGUUCCAGUUAUGUUGCCAGCUAAAUUAGUGAAAUAAAACUUUUGUCAAUCGGGCUGGCUGGCUGCCACCCCACUCGUGGGGCAUGGGCUAUUCAAUCAACUUCGAUGAGCAACAGUUUGUUGCAAUUUAAGUUACGCUUUGCCACCUGUACAGCUCCACUUAGCCACGCCCCAUGUGCCCGACACGAAGGGGACUCGGCUAGUCCUGCUGCCGAGCACUUCGUGGCUCCCGCCUGCGCAUCGCGCGUAUAAAAGGAGCACUCCGGCCGGAGGAUUCAUCAGUUGGCCCAGCGAAGCGGCGCGCGUCUCUCAAUUCGAGGACCAAGGACCAACCUCCAACAGUUUUUCUAAUAUUUUACAGUGUCUUUCAAAGUGACUAACAACAAAAACAAUACAAAAAAAAAAACCAAAAGUACUAUUAAAAAACCAUUGAAGAGAUUAAUGGCCAGCAGAGGCAUCGAAGCCUCCACCAGUCCGCCGGAGCCGUGCAGCAUGUGAGAGGCUGAGGGGGAAAAUGCCAUUGACGCGACCACAGCGCUAAACGGGCCGGAAACGAGCAAGGAAACUGCAAGGAAGCAGCUCCUGAGCAGCAGUGCAGCAGAGGACCGAGGAAGAGACCUUGGCAAAUCCCCCACCCUACCCUUUCGCCCCUGGCCCCUGAGCUGUGUGAGGAGCGAUUCCGGCUGGCUACGCUAGUGCCGCGAUCGGCGUACACGGCCACGCCCCCCGCCCAGGCCCAGGCACAGGCACUGGCAGCAGUCGUUCCCUGCCCCAGAACGAUGGAGCACAGCGCGAGUGUGAAUAACAGCUCCGAGUUCGGCGGCGGCCAAAGCUCAGCCUCGAAGGCGAGCAGAUCCACGGCCACGCCCUGGACCAACAACAAGGAGUCGCCGAACAACGAGGAUGACUCCAACGAGGACGAUGGCGACACACUUGCCACACCCGCCAAGGUCACCGAUCCGCUGGCACCGCGUCUCGCCAACAAUGAGCGUGUGUUGGUGGUGUCCGUGACGGAGCGUACCCGCGAGACUUGGGGCCAGAAGGCCGAAUUCCUGCUGGCCGUCAUCGGUUUUGCCGUCGAUCUGGGCAACGUGUGGCGCUUCCCAUACAUCUGCUACCAGAACGGCGGCGGCGCCUUCCUGGUGCCCUACUGCCUCUUCCUCAUCUUUGGUGGCCUGCCGCUGUUCUACAUGGAACUGGCACUCGGGCAAUUUCAUCGCUGCGGCUGCCUAAGCAUCUGGAAGCGCAUAUGUCCGGCACUGAAGGGUGUUGGCUAUGCGAUUUGCCUAAUCGACAUCUACAUGGGAAUGUACUACAACACAAUUAUUGGAUGGGCGGUGUACUAUCUGUUCGCCUCGUUCACCUCGAAGCUGCCGUGGACGUCGUGCGACAAUCCGUGGAACACGGACAACUGUAUGCCCGUGACCAGCGAGAACUUCACCGAGCUGGCCACCUCGCCAGCCAAGGAGUUCUUCGAGCGCAAGGUCCUGGAGAGCUACAAGGGCAACGGUCUGGACUACAUGGGACCGGUGAAGCCCACUCUGGCGCUGUGCGUCUUCGGGGUCUUUGUGCUGGUGUACUUCUCGCUGUGGAAGGGCGUGCGGAGUGCCGGAAAGGUGGUCUGGGUCACGGCUCUGGCCCCGUAUGUGGUGCUGAUCAUCCUCCUGGUGCGCGGCGUGUCGCUGCCUGGCGCCGACGAGGGCAUCAAGUACUAUCUGACGCCCGAGUGGCACAAGCUGAAGAACUCCAAGGUGUGGAUAGACGCGGCCUCGCAGAUCUUCUUCUCCCUGGGCCCCGGCUUUGGCACACUCCUCGCCCUCUCCAGCUACAACAAAUUCAACAACAACUGCUACCGCGAUGCCCUCAUCACGAGCACCAUCAACUGCCUGACCAGCUUCCUGGCCGGAUUCGUCAUCUUCUCGGUCUUGGGAUACAUGGCCUAUGUGCAGAAGACAUCGAUUGAUAAGGUGGGCCUGGAGGGGCCCGGGCUGGUGUUCAUCGUCUACCCCGAGGCCAUAGCCACGAUGAGCGGCUCUGUCUUCUGGAGCAUCAUAUUCUUCUUGAUGCUCAUCACCCUGGGCUUGGACAGCACUUUUGGCGGCCUGGAGGCCAUGAUAACGGCGCUGUGCGACGAGUAUCCACGUGCGAUUGGCAGGCGUCGGGAGUUGUUCGUCCUGCUGCUGCUCGUCUUCAUCUUCCUGUGCGCCCUGCCCACAAUGACCUAUGGAGGCGUUGUCCUGGUCAACUUCCUGAAUGUCUACGGACCCGGACUGGCCAUACUCUUUGUGGUGUUCGUGGAGGCGGCGGGAGUGUUCUGGUUCUACGGCGUGGACCGCUUUAGCUCAGAUGUGGAGCAGAUGUUGGGCUCCAAGCCGGGACUGUUCUGGCGCAUCUGCUGGACGUACAUCAGUCCGGUGUUCCUGCUGACAAUAUUCAUAUUCUCGAUCCUGGGCUACAAGGAGAUGCUGGGCGAGGAGUACUACUAUCCGGACUGGAGCUACAAGGUGGGCUGGGCAGUGACCUGCUCCUCCGUGCUCUGCAUACCCAUGUACAUCAUCUACAAGUUCUGCUUUGCGUCCAAGGGUAAUUGCCGGCAGCGGAUGCAGGAGUCCUUCCAGCCGGACGUUAGCUGUGGCUCGGUGGUGCCCGGCCAGCAGGGCACCUCGGUGUGACAU